CUGGAAAUGAUGACGUGAAUGUCAGAAUGAUGGGACUUACCCUGUCAUACUAAGAAGAAAAGGAACUUUUCAUGACUUAUCAUGUCAAAAUCGGGAUUCUUUGGACUUGAGUCAAGAGAAGUUGUGAGGGUUAAAGUGAAGAAAUAUGAAAGUUUUCUGCAGCCAGAGUCAAAGAAAUUUUCAUUGGACCCACAAAUUACAUCAUUUGAAAUGCUUCAACACAUAAUAGCAAGUGCUUUCAAUAUAAGAGGAGAUUUUACUAUGAGUUACCUUGUUAGAGAUGACUAUGGACAGGAAAUCUACCUGAGUAUGCUGUCUGAUUGGGAUAUGGAUGCAGCCAUUCAAAGUGCUUCAGAUCCAUUUUUGCAGCUCAAAGUGGAUGCCAGACCAUUUGAAGAGGGAUUGGAUGACUGGGACAUUAUUGCUCCAGUAGAUGUGCCACAAUACAAAAUGUCCAGCUUCCUGGAACGUAAUAUUUUAGGCUCUUUGACUGGAACACUUUCAAGUGGAAUGGGAAAAACUCUUACACAUAUGCAAAGAGCAAUGG